UCCGGCUGGAAACGGGGCGGGCCUUGUUCUGGAGUCCUGGCACCCGUCUGCUCCGCGAGCGGCGAAAGGUGGAGAGAUUUUCAGCAUCACACACAUCCACUGUCUGACACACACUCACUCACACACACACAUACACACAGUCGAGUAACGGGACGCAUCCAGACGGAACAGGACUAUGGACCUGAGCCUGCGAGAUGCUCUGGGAGGUGGCGGUGGCGGCGGGGUCCCGGGUGGGGCUCCAGCUGAGGCCCUGCUGAAGAGAGACUUUGUGGCCACGUUGGAGAAGGAGAGCUACGAUGAUAAGGUGGGAGAGACGGUCUCCAAAAGCGACUACCGACCCCUACUGGACGGGAAGGACGCCAAGAGUGGUGCUGGGAUGAUGUCAUCCAUGAUGUCAUCAGGUGGACGCCAAGAGCCUCCGGGACAGCCAGCCUUCGGUUCGGACUACCUGUCUGGUCCUGUGAUGGGUGGGAUGACGGGUCAGUGGAAUCAGAACAAGAUGAAGGACACCAGUGUUCCUGACUCAUUCCUAGGCUUCUCCCAGUCUGGGAUGGGAGGGACCGGUCUGCCGCCCUUCCAGACCAGUAUGAGCUCCACCCUGGGCCAGUCUGGGAUAGGUUUGGCCAUGGACACCCAGAAGAGCUCAGGCCUGUUCGGUUCAGAUCCCAAACCCGCCGGUAACAUUAGCGGAGGGAGUCCGUUUAAGGCCAGUGAUCCGUUUUCCACCGGUGGACCGGGAAUCCAUGGUCUGGAUCACUCUACAGCUCCCAUCCUCUCUCCCAGUGGCUCAAUGGACGACAGCAGUCCCACGUCCUCCACCUCCGAACCUCUCAGCCCUGAAAGAGCUGGGCCGGGGGGUGAGGUUGGCAAGCAACAGCAGAGGCGGAGGAAGAAGAAGAGGAAGGGCCGUGACGAGGUCUACGACUUCUUGGAUAGACAGGAGAAUAACGUCGGCCAAUCAGACAAGAGUGGGCUGCAGGACAAGGGGGAGCAGGAGGAAGAGGAGGACGAGGACGAGGAGGAGAACUGGGAGUGGGAGAUUAGAGAGAGUGGAGGAGGGGGGAGAGUGAGAGGCAGGAAGACUAAGAGUCGGGCCAGACUCCCAGAGGAGUGGGGAGCCCCCCAGCAGCUGGGUGUCCACAGCUGUCCGACUCUGGUCCUCCUGACUCCAAAGCUCUUAAUGCUCCAGACCCCUCCAGGCUCCGCACCCGACUCACAGACCACCACCCCUGUCACCAACACCCCCUCCCUUGCCCCACGCCCCUGUCGCGAAGCGACUCUGGCAGAAGCGUCCGUUCCCACAGCCCCACUCUGUUCACCCCCGCUUCCACCAGCCCCUCACCUUUUACCGCGAAACACGACACACCCUCUCCCUCAACUACUGUUGGGUCAGGCCUCAACAUCGAUGCAAAGCCCUUCAUCCCUGCAGCUGCGCUCAUGCCCACCACUGCCACCACCGCCCCGCCUCCCCCAGUUCCAUCCCUACCCUGCGUUAGUGCGGCGUUCUGCACCGGACCCACCGCCACCGCAUCCCCCUCGCCCCUCACUUCCUAGCCCCUGCCACUACCAGCAUAGCCUAUCCUUUAGCCCAGCCACAGCCACUGCCCCUCCUCGUCACCCCUGCAGCCCCUCCCUCUCACCCUGCACAUCAGAGCACCAGGAGUCCUCGUCGCCACUGCUCCCCCCACUGGAAGGUUGGUGA